CGCAUGCUCAGAUUGUGCGGCGAGUCCCUGGCGGUUGUGCUGAUACCGGAGAACUCAAGAUAGAUGCUUAUGUUUAUAUUGAUAGCGGUGGCGGCGAUCGUGCGGCUCUGGCCGCUGGUUGGAGCUCAGCCACUGUGCCGUGUUCACAAAGUGAGAACAGGAAAAGUGUUUAAUGGUGGACAGCAAGUUCCUGGGGAUGCCCUGUAUUUUCCAUCUACGACAACAAGCCUGAUUAAACACCCAUGUAAGAAAACCACAGCACUGUAUCUAGGACGGCAGGUUUUUUUCACGAGAGAUAACUUUGAGAACAGUCUCCAUCCACUCACCAUCCCUCCGUCAAUGAUGGCUGGCCUGCCAGAAGUGACCUCCGCACAUUUUGCUGGCGCCCGGCUGCUGUUAGUGGUGAACCAGAAAGUGUACGUGUACGAUUACACAACUGGUGCCUGGAACACAUCCAUGGGUAUACAACACCCCGUUUCACAUGUUUCUGGUGAUAAUUGUUGUUUUGUUGGAAGCUCCUUUUGCCUGGCUGAAUUGGUUGGGACCCUAGGGGGCGUCUUCUUCCUUCACUCCGUGUCACAGGUUGGGCUGCUUGCCAUUAGUAACGGGAAGGGCAUGUUCGCGUACUCCCACCACCCGCUCAACCGGAGUCUGGGGCUGGCCUUCGACUACAGCGAGACCCUCGAGGUCCUCCUGCCCCCGGGCCAGAGAGGCCUGCUGAUCCUCUGGAGCCAGCGCAGCCUCCUCUCCUCCCUCAGCGCAGGUCAGAUCAUGGAGACCAUCCAGGUGAAGAAAGGAGACCAGACUUUGCACCCCUCAAUCUUUGGUGCCAACAUCACCAUCCACAGCAUUUCUGCCUAUGAGAAUGGGCUGGCAGUGCUGACCCGGGAGGAUCAUCUGUAUUACGGGAGUCUGGGAGUCCUGUCCGGUUCCAGUUACAUAAUCAAAUUUCCAGACCAAAAAGUUUGGUCCCCAGAGGCCGCCCUGAUGUUUCUGAACCCAGGGAAACUCCAGAUCCUGACCCCAAUGCCUGAUGCUUCGUCCCCUGCCUACGACUUCCAGCAGUGUGUGGUGAACAUUCAGGAGAUCCUCAUGGAACCAGAACUCCACAUUGAAAAGUGCAAAAUAGAGCUGAUGGACGGAUUCUUCGAAGGGAAGAUGUACACCAUGGACAUGAACAGCGAGCUGGACAUGAUGGCCACCCUGAUCCCCCGGCCGGGCAUGUCCCUCAUUCCGCAGGUGAUGGUGAGCAACCCCUACUCCCUGGGGCUGAAGACCACCAUCCAGGAGUUCGACAACACCUAUGAGGGCGGCAUCCUGUACAAACUGGACAUCAAACUCAAGCAGCAGCACCACUGGGGCUGGUUCGACCCCAACUUCACCUCCAGCCUGCAGAGACCCACCAUCUCCACCCUGACUGUCGACAUAGCCAACAAGGAAAUGUCCUGUGUGGACCUGAAGCCACUGACGGCACUCAUUUCAAUCGGGUGUGACCAGGAAAAGAAGAUCAUCGUGCAAAACAAGAUUUCCGCCUGCUCCUCGGGCAUCCUCAGCCCCGCAGUGCUGCAGGACCACUACACCUACGUCAUCGAGAGGGAAUCGUUGGACCCAGGCCCCGGCGGGCAGGCGGCCACGAAGGACCUGCAGGUGCUCUACCCGUUCAGAGACCUGGGCUGCCCCGGCCUCGUCUACUACGAGACGCCCUGGAAGCCGGUGAUCGAGCUGUGGCGCGGGGACCAGUUCGCGGAGCUGGUGGAGGCCGAGUUCGUGCUGCGCGAGGUGCACGGGCUGCACACCUUCUCCUACGCGCUCACCGCGGGCGCCGCGGGCUGCCGCUCGCAGCCACAGAACUGGAGCUCGGUGCUGCAGAACGCGCCCGAGCCGGGCCACGCCUCCUGGAACAGAGAGAACUACGUAAGCUGCCACAGCCACAGCUCCAGCAGCCCCUUGAGGUGGCCGGACGUCCAGUAUCAGAUCUUGGGGGGCCAGACGGACAACAAGAUCAUUUUCAAACAAAGGAAUGGGAUCUACAUCUUCCACCUUUCGAUCCUGGAUCCGUACUACAGCUACUGCCACCUGGAGACCACCUUCAGCAUCUACGUGUACGGCGCCUACCCGCUGCCCCUCUUCAGGCCCCUAAUCACCAUCGUCCUGCUGGUGGCCGGCACGCUGCUGGCCGUGUGGCUGGCCCACAUCCUCCCCAAGCUGGUGUGCGCCAGCAGCGGCCACAAGCUCAAGGAGGCCUACAGGCAGCUGUGCUGGAGAUGCUCCAGGCUCUGCCUCUGUCUCCGGAGGCCCGGGAAGCCCCCUUGAUCCCGCCCCUGGGGGUCUCAGUCCAGGCUGCUGUCUGAAAAUAAAAUAUUCUGUGACAAAGCAGG